AUGGAGGGGGACAAGAUACAUUGCAUAGUUAAGAAGGACGAAUUUGAUAUCUGGGAUGGGAAGUUGAAGGAAGGUGAUACAUAUAUCAUGCACAAUUUCAAAAUUGUGAAAAAUGAUGGUCAAUAUAGAGUGUGUGCACUUCCUUUUAAAUUAUUGUUCAUCGGAGCCACUUUUGUUCGUCCCCAAGCUAUUGCAAAUGUACCCAAAAAAGUUUACCAAUUUCGAAGUAUAAAAGAGGUAGUGGUUGGUAAUUUGUCUCCGAAUUUGUUGAUUGAUAAUGUCAAAACUAAUGCGCAGUCUAAAAAUGUUGUUUUUAGUUUGAUGGAUCUGAGGUAUAAUGAGAAUCUGAAUACAGACAAGUUGGUUAUGAUUCUUACUCAAGCCAAGGUUAAAGCAGCUAUAGGGGAAUGGCCAGUGUAUGUGUCCAAUACAUGGAAUGAGACCAAAUUACUUAUGGAUGAUGAUAUUCCUGAAAUUAUCCAAUUCAAACAACGGUUAAAUGAAAUUUAUGUUGAUGAAUUAACAAUUAUGAGUCAAUCUGGUAGUCAACUGACUCAGUCCUCCCAAUAUAGUGAUGCUGAAAGGUUUGUUUAUAAAUGUUUAGUGAAGAGCAUUUCUGAAAUUCCAUUGAUAAAAAAGGAAAUCAUAUGUGUAAUUGUGGCCACAACUAUUAAGUUUAGUCUUGAUAACGAUGGGUGGUACUACUUCGUUUGUAAUCAUUGCAACAAAAGAACUAAUGAAACUGGUCCUUUCAAAUGCACCUAUUAUGAUCAAGAAAACAACAUUCCCAUGUUCAAGUAUAAACUUCAGUUACAAGUUUGUGAUGAUGCGUUUAAUUAUGCUAACUUUGUGGUGUGGGAUCAAGAACGUAGAAACGUUAUUGGUAUUUCCGUUGAAGAAUUGCAAAAGGAAAUGAUAAAGGUGGGUGAAGAUGAUCCCAAGUGCUUUCUUGAUGACUUGGAUGUAAUGUUAGCUGACAAUGAUCCUGAUAAUUCUUCUUUGGGUACUCCAUCAAAGAGAAUCCUGCAAAAUAGUGGUGUUUUUGUAGAAUCGUCUCAGGACAUAGAGUCUAGUAAACUAUCAGCUACCAAGCUGCUGAAGACUAUCAAGAAGGAAAUCGAAUGA